AUGAACCAAGAUAUCCCUAGUGCUCAUUUAGAGCAAAUAAUAUUACACUCCAUUAUGAUAUUGGAAACUGAGAAAGAAGAGUUAGCCCAAGAGCUCUCAGAGUUGCAAGAUUUGAAAGUUUCAGUGCACAAGAUCGUUUCAGAGCCAAUCAUUGUAAAUAUAGGAGGCGGAUAUCAAGCUGAAAGAACAAAAAUUGAAACCUUGCAAUUCUUAGAUCGCCGUAUUCAAAAAUUGGAAGUUCAAAGAAGGAAAGUUGAAGCAAAGUUAGUACAAGCGAUAGAAGUAAAGCUGAAGUUUGAUCUCCUUGAUGAUGGUAUUAGAGACGAUUAUGGAAUCAAGAAGGAAGGCUCACAAAUCGUUGAUAUCCAGGAAGAUUUAGAUGAGCUUGGAAAUAUUGUUGAUGUCAGAUUAAAAGACUCCAAUGGAAAUGACAUCGAACCUAUACAUGAACCGCAAUUGCCUGGACAGAAAGACGCAAUGAUCUUGAAUGCUUCGGAUUUGAACACUUCCGCCGGAGAUCAAAUGGCGGAUUUGCUUAAUGAUAUGGAAUUACUUCCUCAGUCUGAUAAUCCUCACCACGACAACAAAGUCGAGAGGAACGAAAUCACUCCAACAAGGGUUGAUUAUUCGUCUGGAAAGAAUGAUUCGAUUGAAAAUUCUUACAGCACAGGUUCUAAUAACCAAGAACUCUUAUAUGAAUUGGAAUUAAUAGCAAGUGAACUCGAAGAAAGCGCAGAUACACCUAGAGGUGAAGACGUGGACAUCGAUAUUGAAUCAGACGAAGAUAGCGACAAUUAUUUUGAGAUUGAAGUGGAAUCUGAUGAAGAUGAAUUGACAGAGAAUGAAACUUUGCAUUCUCUUUUACCAAAAAAUGCACAACUUGAGGAGCGGUUUUGGAAAGAAAUUCAAUCAUUGAGAAUCAAGAGGUCCGAAGAUACCGACACAGCUAGCAAUCAAGGGGCAAAAAUUGGUAAAAAAUCUGUCCGUUUCAGUGAAACUCUUGAAAUCAAGGAAAUUGAGGAUGUUGAAAAGGAGCUGCGCCCUACAGAAUACCAAAGGAAAAUUCUGAAAUUUAAAGAGAACAAGAUAUUAACAGGAAAUUCACAAGGCAUGAAGACAGCAGCUGUGAUGCAGCCUGUAAUUCAUGAAGUUACCGAUACUGACGCUGUGACUACUGAUAUCGUGGAGCAUGAAGAUAAUGACUCCACUUCACCAGUAAUUGUUGAGGUGUCGGAGCCUUGUAAUGAUACCACAAAGGAAGAUCAAAACUUCAAGGAAUUGAAGGCGAGGUUACAAAAAGAAGUUUUAGCUGAGAAGAGGUCCAAGUUCAAGUCUAUGGUCGCACAAAAUCCACUGAGAAGGAUAAUGAUGACUGGGCCGUCGACUAGCAUCCAACUACCACAAAAUAAGGAUGGCGCGUUUGUGGAGCCUGACUUGACUAGAGAUACUGUGGAACCGGCACAUGUCAUUUCUGGUACUCUGAAGAGUGAAGUUAAGCAACUAAAUAUCGAUCUACCUAAUUUGGGCGACGAUUUAGAUGCCAUGGUUCAAGCAUAUAAUGUAGGGAUGUUUGACGAUGACAUCGAAGUGUCUGGCCCAGUAGUGGACCAAUUGGAAGACUUUAAAUUGUUGAACAAGAUUGUUGAGAAUGGGUCAAAGGUAACUCCGCCGAUGUACCAAUCAAAACAAGAAGAUGCGGGCAAUGUUGAAGACUCCAAUUUUGACUCAUCUGACUCAGAUGAUGAAAUUCUUAAAGAACUGAUUAUUGAAAAUGAUUUGUCAUCAGACGAAGAAGCUAACGAUUCACAACUCCAAGAUGACGUACAGAUGUCUGUAAUCAAUCAGGAGGUUGUUGAUAAUUACCAUCGAUUGAGGCACAAGAUUUUUAAUAAGCUGCCUCUGGAGGACUCUGAAUUUGAGCCUGUAGAGGGAGUUCAACGUACUAGUCGAUUCAAAGCUUCAAGAAACAACUUUUGA